ACUAUAGAGAUUAUGGCCAAAUAUAAAACCUGAAAUGUAUGGAUGAAGAGACAUCUAUAGGAUUUACAAUGAUUUCGCCUUCUUCUGGGUUGUAUUUCAAUCUUCUAUCCUUGGCAAGUUCCUCACAAAAUACAAGAUGAAUGUGAGUGGUGAGUCUGGGGAUGAUGGACCUUUGGCACCCCCAGGUCUUUGUGCUUUGAAGGGUUUAAACCUCAGCUGUAUAUAUGUCAAUGGACUGGAGAAACCCAAUGGUCACAAUACAACUCUCCUCAACGAAGAUCACUUUGUGUUGCCCACCUUCUCCAUGGCGGCCAAGGUCCGUGUAGCCAUCACCUGUGUCCUUUUUGUGUCUUCUGCUUGCUUUAACGUGGCCACUCUGUGGACUAUUGCCCACAAGUACAGAAAGAAAUCUCACAUCCGUAUUCUCAUCAUGAACUUGGUGGCCGCUGACCUCCUCAUUACAUUUGUUGUGAUGCCCUUGGAUGCUGUAUGGAACGUCACCAUCCAGUGGUACGCUGGCGACAUGGCCUGCAGGAUCUUGAUGUUCUUUAAGUUGGUGGCCAUGUACUCUUCUGCCUUCGUCACUGUGGUCAUCAGCCUAGACCGACGUGCUGCAAUCAUAAACCCUCUGGGAAUAGGAGAUGCCAAAAAGAAGAACAAGACAAUGUUGUCUGUAGCCUGGACGCUAAGUCUUCUACUUGCUACCCCACAACUUUUUGUCUUCCAUGCAGUGAGUAGGACACGUCCAGUCCACUUUGUGCAGUGUGUCACGCUGGGCAGUUUCCAGGAGCAUUGGCAGGAGACGCUCUACAAUAUGUUCACCUUCUGCUGCCUCUUCCUGAUCCCACUGCUAAUCAUGCUCUUCUGUUACACCCAAAUCCUCAUUGAAAUUUCUCAAAAAAUGAAGAGAUCCUCUGAUUCUUCUAGAGAGUUCCACCUCCGCCGCUCCAGCAAUAACAUCCCUCGAGCUCGGAUGAGAACCUUUAAGAUGUCCUUAGUGAUUGUGCUGACGUUCAUCGUGUGCUGGACACCUUACUACCUCCUCGGGAUCUGGUACUGGUUCUCCCCAGAGAUGUUGACCCGACGUAGAGUUCCUCCAUCCCUCAGCCACAUCCUCUUCCUCUUUGGUCUCUUUAACGCGUGCCUGGACCCCAUCAUCUACGGGCUCUUCACCAUCCACUUCCGCCAGGAGAUCAGUAGAGUUUGCCGAUGCUCCACUCAGGGAACGGACAACGACACUUUGUCUUUAGGUACGGGCUCCUUCCGGAUCUCCACCACCACCGUGCCCUUGAAGAAAUCUGCUGGAGGAUCCUGUAAGUUUGAUCUGGAGGUCAUAGGCGUCGGUCUCCACCCAGGGAAAUGUGAACUCUGUAAUCGCAAGGUGGCGGAGAGCUUCUUGUGACUGGUCGUGGUCAACCAGGUCCUUGUUGAGCACAGACCUGACCCAUCGAACCACACUGGAGAUCCCACCGACAUCUCGCCACAUGAGAGAAGGCGAAGACUGAAAGUGGGCGCUAGAGUGAUAACUACUGCACAAUGAUGUCAUCAUCCUGGGUGGGGCUACAUUACAUGAGGUCAUCAUCAGGGAGGAGCAUGAGCUCAGGUAGAUCUUAUGCAAUCAGGUCAUGGACUACAUUUACUGCUGAAGUUACAGGACGCGUGACACCAUUAAAUUAGCUUUAAUCUAUCUUCGCCUUACGAUUGGGUCAGUUACAAGCAGUAGCUCCUCCCCUUUAUUCUAAUUGGCCCUAAAGGGGGAGCCCACUUAUCACCCCAUUUUGAUUUGUGACGGUCCCAUCAGAAAUAUAAGCACCAUGUUGUGUAUAGUGGACAAUUCCUUGAAGGAUCAGCUGAAAGCGAGGCUCGUUAAGGUGACGUCACAACCUCAAGAUCCUGUUAGAAAACACCCGUAGGGCGACAACCGUCACUUCAGUGAGAGACUCCGCCCAUGUGUGACCUAUAACCCCAAGCUGUAUGGUCGUGGGCCUCUACAGUUGUGUUCAAAAUAAUAGCAGUG